AUAGUGUUGACAAUAGUGUUGUUUAUUUGGAUUCAAAACACGUGUGAUUUGGACACAGAUUUUCCAGUAAAAGACUUACUCUUAAAUUAAUGACUAAUUAAUUAUUUGGUGGAUCAGCUCAUUGAUAAUAAUGUCAAACAAGACAAAGAAACCGAUUAAAGUCAGUAAAAAUCGAAAGAAGUCGUGGCGUAAACACUGUCCCGUAGAAGAUAUCGAGGAAUAUCUUGAAAACGAUCGCUUCAAUGAAAGAAUUGGCGGAUCCAUUGCUGACAAAUCGGAUGAUAGUUUGUUUGUUAUCGAGAAGACAGUCACAAACAAUGUCAACAAAAAAGAUACCAAAGAAGUUAAAGCAAAGCCGACAAAAAUUACGAAAAGACCGUCAAAACUGAAAGAAAUUCAAUCAAAUCUCAAAUUAUUUAAAUUACUUGAAUCACAGUCUAAAGUGAAGCCAAUUCCGUCCAGAAUUGGGUCGAAAAAUGUUAAGAAAAAUUUUCUUAACGACGACAAGAAAUUUGCCAAAUUAUGGCCACAAAAGAAAUUACAAUUUCUAAGAUUAGAUCAGAAGAGAGAGAAACAAAAAUUAAUUAAAAAAGAUCCAAAAUUACGGUUUGAAGUCUACGACAUGUGGGAUAAUUGCCAACAAAGGAYAGAUCUAAUAGAUGAAGAUAUGAAAGAAUUAAUUGAUUACCAAGAAGUACUUAAAGGCAGUAAACCACCGAAAGUACCGAAACAUCACAACCAAAAGCUGACAUUAUUGCCAUCAAUUGAAGUACCAGAAUCUGGACAAUCAUAUAAUCCGGAUCAUGAAUCACAUCAAAAGCUAUUAAAGAAGGCUUUUGAUGUGGAGGUCAAUAAAGUCAAUGAAGAAAAACGUUUGAAACGAUUGGUUGAGAACUACUAUGUAAGCAAAGCAGAGGCACCUAAUGAUCGUUCGUAUGUUAAUGAGAUGUCACAUGGAUUAGGUCUCAGUGAUAAUGAGGACAAAGAAGAUGAAGAAGACGAUAAUGAACUCAAUGAAUCAAUACAACUCAUUGGUAGGUCCGACCGUAAGAAGACAAAAGCUCAGAGAAAUAAAGAAUUAUUGCAAAAACAAUUAAAAUUAAAGAAACAGUUAGACAAAGAAGAAAAAUUUAAAGCAAAUGAUAUCUUUAGAUUGAAAACAUUUAUAAAACAAUUGAAGAGAAAGGAAAAGGAAUCACAAGAGAAACAAAAGCGCCGAACGGAUAGAGAAAAGUCUAAACUUUUGGGACCCAAACGGUUGAGUCGUCAUAAAUAUGAAAAACCAGAUAUAGAGCUAAAUCUGACCAAUGAAUUAACCGGUUCUUUGCGUACAAUUAAAACUGAAGGAAAUAUAUUAGAGGAUAGGUUUAAGAGUUUUCAACGAAGAAAUAUCAUCGAAACAAGAGUUAGACAAGCAUUCAAACGACGCUAUAAAAUGAAGAAAUAUACUAAAAAGUCAUCUCAGGAUCCAAUUGUCUAAUUGUUUUGUUAUAUUUUUUGCAUAAUUUAAUUUCAAAGUGAUAUAUAUAUAUAUACUAU